AAGCGACAACAGGGGCCCAUGACAGAUUACGGGCCUGGCAGCAGCAUGAGGAGUCGGUACGGGGGCCCAUGGCAGAUUACGGGCCUGGCAGCAGCAUGUGGACCUGGCAGCAGCCAUGGCAGAUUAGGGGCCUGCCAGCAGCAAUGGGAGGCCCGUAAUCUGCCAGCACCCUAUGACAAAAAAUGGAACACACCAGCAGUGUGAGGAGACCUGAAAGUGGCACAUGGCAUGAGACACUGUGGACCUGGCAGCAGCAUGAGGAGGCGGUACAGGGGCACAUGGCAGAUUAUGGGCCUGGCAGCAGC